AUGGGCUCUCAGGUAGACAUAAGAACGGGAAAUGAAUAUAUUGAAGAAGAAUUGAAUGAGUGCAAAAAGCAAGCAAACUCUGAUGAUUACAGACAAGAAAAUAUUCAAAAAUGGCCCCAAAUGAUGAAUGAGAUCGGUAUUGAAGAAUCUGAAGCAAAAGCAUUCUGCAAUGAUGGCAGGGAAUCGGUCAUGUGCCACAACUGUUCUCGGCAAGCUUUAAGCACAGGGAAUGAUGCAUACGAAUCAAGAAGUAGAAAUAAUGCCGCGAUGAAAGUGACAGAAUCGAAACCUUCAAAUAACUCAAUUGCAAAUUUACCAAAUUCGUGUAAUUUGCAUCGUCUUUCGAGAAACGUGAAAAUGCCUGUUACGACGUGUAACAAACCAGUUGCAAGAUCCCACAAUACAGUGCAACAUGCGGUAUCUAUUCACAAAAAAUGUAACCACAAUGAUUUACCAUACAAUGCCAAUCCACACUGUUCUCGACCUUCUCUAUACCCAACAAUGAGUUGCAACCUAGGCCGCUGUUCAGGUCAAUGUUGUAAAAUGAUAAGUAAAGAAGGAUUUACGGUUGCUAAAGGAGUAUUGCAGAAGAAUAAUUGUGGUUCGGUUAAGAUUGUAGCGAAAAAAGUUCAACAGGUCAAGACAAGAGGCGAUGAAAGCGCCCACACAGCUCGAAGUGUCAAAGCUCAAUCAGAAAAUUACGCGCCAAAUUGCGCUAUUCCCUUGGUUACUGUCAGUAGUCACUUCAAAAACAAUGCAUCACGUAAAAGUGCUAUAGCGAUAAUUGCGCGAUCAAGCCAUCAUAAUAAAGAAAGAGGUUUUGUCGUGUGUCGUCACUGUGGACAUCGUGUUUUACGCAGAAAUAUCACACGUCGUCUUUCAAGUUCCGAUCCAGUCAAAAAUAUUGCAAAUCGUUCCACAGACCAACAGUAA